UUGGAACAGCGCAACUUGGUUGGACGUAACCGUUCUUGCGGCGCAUCUAUUUAAAAACUCCUUCAGCAUACGGCACAUUACCAUUACCUUAAUGAGGGAGGUUUUUGGGAAGGUAGCUUAGCCACCGAAAUGUGAGCUGUCCAGCUUCUCGUAACGUUGUGUGCAGAGACGAAAGGAAAUCUGUAAGACGCAGGGUACCAGUUGAGGCAGAUUUCUCCAAUUUAGGUAGUCUGACAGGUGUUUAGGAUUCAUUGUGAACUAGCUGCUUUGCUGCACUGUACUGUCCAUCCUGAACUUAAAUAUUGAGAGAAGGUGUUUGAAUACCGCUCCUGUACUGAUUUGUGGUGAGAAGCUAUAGAACAGCCGAUGUGUGCUAUGGGGCUGGGGACGAAGAAGAUGAAAGUGGGCACAUUGUUUGUAUCCGCUGGCCUUUCGGCUAUCCUAACUUUCGCCCUUUUGGCUGCAGCCUUGACUACAGAUUACUGGUACAUCGUGAAGGUGGAUCCCGUUGGGAGCAACGGGAGCCAUCCCUUGGGCGAAGAGGAGCUCGACUCACACUCUGGACUUUGGAGGACUUGUGAAGGGAAGAAUGCCUGCAUACUGCUGAUCGAUCCUUUUGGCCAACAAAAUGUUACAGCAUCUUUGCAGCACUUACUUAGUAUGCACCGGACUUUUGUGGUACUGCUGCCUCUGAGUCUAAUUUUGGUGGUGUUUGGAGGAAUGUGUGGCCUUGUCAGCUCCUUGGCAAAGAGUUUUCACCUGCUGCUUUUCUCUGGAUCUUUCUUUCUUAUUGGCAGUUUGCUGACGAUGUCUGGGAUUUGUGUUUACAUCAGCUAUUCUAAUGCUGCGUUCGAGGCUACCAUGCAGAUAUACGAGUCCAGUGCCUUUCAACAAGUGCACAUCAGUUUUGGCUGGUCCAUGGUCCUUGCCUGGCUUUCUUUCACUACCGAGGUUUUCACUGGAACUGUACUUCUUAUUGCAGCAAAAAUUGUCAAACAGCAGCAAGCCAUGCGGUCUGCAGCAAUAUAAGCAUGCUCAGAUAGAGACCUGUGAGAAAUGCAACCAUAAAUGCAGCAUGCAUCUUUGUUAAAAGCACUGAACUGACAGUGCAUGAUGUUAGAUGUAAUCGAGUGUCGCUGUGUUUUCCUGAAGCAGUCCAGGCUGGACCACUCAUACUACAAAAUGCAUAAUUUAACUUGUGAUAGACUGGCACUGUGCUGUUUAGUGUAUUUACAGCAGAAAUGACUGUUGGUGACCUUGGUCAUUGGCUGAUCUGUAACUUCUCAUCACUCCCCUGUACGGAAGUCUGGACUGAGAUAGCUAGCCUAAACGUUAUUAAAGCAGAUGGCUUCUUGCGUCCACAAUGACAUAGUGGGAAAUGAUUGAUGACGUUCAGACACAGUGCAAUGAUUGUUAUGAAGACUGCUUUUGUUGUGCAGCAUUAAAGUAGUGUUUUAAUAACAAAAAAAAAAAAAAAAAAAAAAACAGAUUAAGUCAUUUCAUUAGACAAAUCAGUACUAUGUAAAAGCUACUGUAUUAAAAACAAAGAGAGAGAGAAAGGACUGUUAAACAGAUUUCUUGUCACAGGAACUGCUCCAGUAAUGUAAGCUUCUGAGAAAAAAAAUAUCAAACGUGUAUCUCUUUAGGUAUAGUCUAAUAAUUUAUUUAAUGUAAUAGGCCUCUGAAUUUGAACAUUACUUGCUAAUAAGAGUGGGAGAAACCAAAUGUGAAAGCAGAACUGUUGUUGCAUCUUUAUAACUUUUAUACAUAAUAAUAAUAAAUGGUUAAAGCCA